GGAGGAGGGCUCUCUCUCCUCGGAGACAGAAGCCCCUUGUUGAUGGCACGAGCCCCGGGCGGGGGAGCCCAGGGUCCUUACCUCGGCAGUGGCCACAGUUGGCCAGGGCGCCUGCGAUACUGACUCUGGUCUGCUCCCCCACAGCCGGGAGCGCCCACCCGCCCCCCGCCAGCAUGGCCGCGUCUUCACAGUACCGCCAGCUGCUGAGCGACUACGGGCCGCCGUCUCUAGGCUACACCCAGGGCACUGGGAACAGCCAGGUGCCCCAGAGCAAAUAUGCCGAGCUGCUGGCCAUCAUCGAAGAGCUGGGGAAGGAGAUCAGACCCACCUAUGCGGGCAGCAAGAGUGCGAUGGAGAGACUAAAACGAGGCAUCAUCCAUGCCCGAGGAUUGGUGCGGGAGUGCCUGGCUGAAACGGAACGGAACGCCAGGUCCUAGCUGCCUUGUGAGCCUGGAGGUUUUCCAGCUUCUUCCCAGAGAAGUUAUGGUUCACCUCCCUUGUUGAGAUGAAACUUUUGUUUUCAAGAUGGUUAACCAGUUCAGUUUCUCGUCCCCCUGCCCCUCCCGUGGUUCACUUAGGCUCUGAAUCUACAGUCUCUUUAAGAUUGAGGAAAGAUUUUGCAAUUGAUUAGGAGUUACAUUGGAAAUAGUUAGGAACUUCCCAGGUGUUUGUGGUUUUGUUUUCUUUUUUUAAAAGCAUUGAUUCAAAAGAUGCACGUAGAAGUUACCUGUCUUACAGCAAACUAGUUUUGACUCUGAGAUACCAGUGUCUGGUUUUCUUUUGAAUACAUUUAUGUUAACCCAGAUUGUUCUGUGUUCCUUUUCACAAGCUGAUACAACUUGAAGUUUUUUUUUUUCAGUAGUACGGACUUGACAGCACACUUAACCUAGUAGCCAGUCCCCUCGUUUGCCAUAUGGUAUAGAUUCUGCUUAAUAUAACUUCUUUUUUGCUUAAACAUAUUUGCAUGAUUAUUAGUGCUUUGAAGUCCAUUCUAAAAUGCACAAGUUAUAAAUACAGAAGAAAAGAGCAACCUCCCAAACCAAACCUAACACGGACCCCUGAAAUUUUUCCUAAGACUGUAUGUAGAUUUCAGUUCUGCCUUUUCUGAGGGUUGACCCAAACAUCUGGAAGAAAAUGGAACUGUUUGCGUCUUUGUAUUUAUUACUUGAUGUAAUAAAGCUUAUUUUCAUUAACAGCUUGUA